AUGAAGCUGCUUUAUUUCGUUGAAACAGCUAACCCUACAGAUUCAGAGAAUGUACAGGGUCCGUGUACUGAGAUAUGCCAAGCAUCUUCUCGUGAUGCAUAUCAAGCCAUCAGUAUAAAAGCUGAGACACUGUCAGAUGUACGAGAAGAAGAAGAAGAGGAGGAUCCUCUCACAAUAAAAUUUCCAGGAAGGAAGGCUGAACCUGAGAGUCAUCUGAGGUCACAUCAACUCAUACAUAUUGGUGUGCGGCCAUUUUGGUGUGACAUAUGUAAGAAGUCAUUCAUUUAUCGAGCUCAUCUGCGGAUUCAUCACCGCAUACAUACUGGUGAGCAGCCAUUUAGCUGUGACAUGUGUAAUAAGUCAUUCAUUGAGCAGAGUAGCCUGAAGAGGCAUCAGCGCAUACACAGUGGGGAGCGGCCGUAUUGCUGUGAUAUAUGUAAUAAGUUGUUCAAUCAACGAAGUAGUCUGAAGAGGCAUCUACGCAUACAUGAUGGGAAGCAGCUGUUUUGCUGUGAUGUUUAA